GCUCAGCAACAGCACUGACUAAGGGGCUGCCUUACUUUUUCUGAUAUUUUAUACAGACGCUUGGUGAAAUUAAAACUACAGUGUUACGCUUCGUCCGUGUGAACAUUUUACAUGCUAUUUGAAAAUUCAGUCGAUUCAAUGCCCUGCGCUUUUGAAAAUGUGAAGAAAUGGAUUUUAUGAAACUGCUUGGAAGUCUACUUACUGUUGUCUGCUUCCAAGGCUUCGCAGCUAAACUGUUCAGCGGUCAGCGGAUUUGCCGGCGCGGCACUGAGCGGCCGUGCUACAAGAUUGCAUACUUCCAGGAUAGUAAUCACAAAGUUAACUUCGAGGAAGCGCGGCGGCUCUGUCGCAGCGACAGCGGCGAGCUCCUGAGCAUCGAGACGGAGAACGAGCAGCGACUGAUCGAGCAGUUCGUGCGGGAACUGGGAGCCGCAGAUGGUGACUUCUGGAUCGGGCUGCGCAGGAACCAGGGCCACAAGGAAAAGAGCAGCGACUGCCCUGCGCUGUAUCACUGGCUGGAUGGCAGCCAGGCCACGUUCAGGAACUGGCAUUGGGAGGAGCCGUCUUGUGGCUACGAGGUGUGUGUGGUGAUGUAUCACCAGCCAUCGGCAUCCCCAGGUGCGGGCGGUCUCUACAUGUUCCAGUGGAAUGAUGACAACUGUGACACCAAAAACAACUUCAUCUGCAAGUACUCCCGCGAAAAGCCGCCUGUUUCCACCCCAGUAGCCAAUGGGACGCACACAGAUGCCCCAAACUUCCCGCCGGUCACACUAAAGGAUGAGAUGAAAGUAAAGGUGUCUGAAUCCUCAGAUAAUGCGCUGAACAUCACCUACAUUGUUCUUCCUAUAAUUCCCCUGGUCCUGCUGCUGUUGGUGGCUUCAGGGGUGCUCUGCUUCAAGGUCAUUGCCCGAAGGAAAAAGAAGCAGGCACACUCCUGCCCUAAGGACACAAGUUUUGGCAGUAGCCCCAGUCAGGACGUGUAUCAGGUCAUCAGCCGGCCGCCCCGCACCGACCUGGCGCCACACAGACCCUACGCCACGCCGUUCCCCCGGCCCUCGCCCGACCCAGCCUCCCACGACUACGACGACCCGGUGAGCCAGCGCUCCGAGAGCGGCUUCGUCACCAACGACAUCUACGAGCCCUGCCAGGGGCGGGGCAGGCCCAACCGCGAGGCGGGGUGGGUGGAGAACGAGAUCUACGGUUGCUGAACCCCCCCGGAGUUACCCUGCGCCCCGUUUCGACAUCGCCCUCCCCUCUGACUCUGCUCUGAGCACCCACACACUGCCCGCACCGUCUACCGGGCUGCAGAGAGAGGGUCCUGCCCUGUAGAAGUACCCGCUGAUCUUCUGUGGACUGCAGUGAAGCGCCCGUUCUCCUGGCCUGUGGCUUUGUGAGAAGAUCUACGCAUGCAAAUGUCUCUGGAGAAACGCUCUAAAAUAAAUGUUCUUCUCCCUGAGAAGGGAAUCUACAACAUGUAUAAUGCAGAAGCCCUCCUUCCAGCCCCUCCUCUCGACCCUGGUUAACCCGGGACCAGGGUCAUCGCCUGGCCCCUGUGGGGAUGUUCCAAAGGCAGAGCGAUUCAUUCAGACCCCCCCCCCCCCCACUGCUGAAGUGUGUCGCUGUCUUCCUGCACGUGAGACUGUCCUUCUCCUCUUGAAACAAUAACAACAACAGCAACUGCAGCAGUGACGACAGGAAGGACUCUUCAGGAAAGGAAGUGGACUUCCUGUCAGGAUGCGGCCACGGGCAGAGGGGGCGGUUCUGCAUUUCCGGGUUCUGCACAGACCUUGGGUGGGUGUUUUACUGGGUCUAUGUGGCCCAGGUGGUGUGGUCUGUGUGUCUCUUAAAGGAGCCCAACAGGCUUGUUCAGGAACCACCAUGCUGAGAAGCUUCCUCAGACCCAGACUGGAAUGUGUUUGCUAUUAUGAGAUGAAAGUGUUUUAUUAAACUUGCUGUAAAUGCAUAAAAAA